CGUGAAACUCCAUCAUGUGACUGGCGGAAAGGCAAAAUGGCGGCCACGGGAGAGGAGGCUGCUGCGAUGGAUAGCAUCUCCAGAGUACCCCCUGUCCAUCCUACCGUUCUCAGCCUGGGAGGGAGCUCCGAACCCCGGGGAGAGCCUGGCGAGACUGCUGCUGACGGCCAGGUUGUGCCCGCGGCGCCCAAGAAGCCUACCAGCAGCAGUGACGGUGGGGUGGAGACUGCAGAGGAGGCUGUAGAACCAGACAUCAAUGAGCUCUGUACAGACAUGUUCGAUAAGAUGGCGGUCUUCCUACAAGGAGAACUCACAGGCACCUGUGAGGACUACCGUCUGCUGGAGAAUAUGAACAAGCUGACCAGUCUGAAGUACAUGGAGAUGAAAGACAUCAGCAUUAAUAUCAGCAGGAACCUGCAGGACCUCAACCUCAAGUACGCCAGCCUCCAGCCCUAUCUAGACCAGAUAAACCAGAUUGAGGAACAAGUGUCGUCUCUGGAGCAGGCUGCUUAUAAACUGGACACCUACUCCAAGAAGCUUGAGGCCAAAUUCAAGAAACUGGAGAAGCGAUGAUGAGUAAAUAUGGAAGAAGAUUAUAUGGAAAGGAGGAAAAGGGGUUGAUGGAGGAAGUCUGAGGGGGUACUGGUCCUCCUUCUCCCCGUCUGUUAACCCUUUUGAUCUGAGGAAGCAACACCCACAUCUUUACAACACCAGCCUUAUAUAGAGAGGUAUGAGGUAGCCUGGGGUUGGUUGGAGGGAUAUGGAUCAUUAAAGUUGCUUGUCGAUGGGGCUUUGGGUAGUUUGAGUCCAUAUUCCUGUUAGCAACAUUCCAGGCCGCUCUGUGUCGUCCUGUCACUAUGACAAUUUACUUCCUGGAUUUAGUGAAUUGACCCCUACCUUGGUGCACACUACCCUAGAAUCAGCAACCUCCUUCUAACCUUGAAGGUACACAGCUAAGAAGAUGACAACCAAAUUCACUUUUCUAUUGAUGGAGCUUCUUUAAAUGUUUUCCUCUGCUGGCAUCAUGAACUGAAUUCAAACCUUUUUUAUGAUCUUUAUAAUACUUCUUUGCUUGUGUAUACUAAUGUCCCUUAAAAGCAUUGACAUACAUGUUUGAUUGCAGCAUGUGCACAAUGUAUCUUCUAAAAACAUGAACUAAUGAUAAUAAAUCUGUGAAGGAAA